AUGAUUUUCGAUCAAUGUUUGUCAAAUGCCACAGGCGGCGUCAAGAAGCCUCAUCGCUACCGUCCGGGCACGUUGGCUCUUCGCGAGAUCCGUCGCUACCAGAAGAGCACGGAGCUGCUCAUUCGUAGGCUGCCGUUCCAGCGCCUGGUACGCGAGAUUGCGCAGGACUUCAAGACGGACCUGCGCUUCCAGAGCAGCGCUGUCAUGGCUCUGCAGGAGGCCAGCGAGGCGUACCUGGUCGGUCUGUUCGAGGACACGAAUCUGUGCGCCAUCCACGCCAAGUGGGUGACCAUCAUGCCCAAGGACAUCCAGCUGGCGCAUUGCAUUCGUGGCAAGCGUGGUUAA